AGACUAAUCUGUUGUUUUAUGAACAGGUAUUUGAUACCCUGAGGACGACAAUGUUCAUACUAGGAAUGAUGUCUGUGUUCAUAGGCAUUUCUUUGUUGGCACCUGAUGACUCUAGAGGCAGUGAGGUUAAGGAUAGUUCAUCUGUUGAUAUGUCUUCAAGCAUUACAACAGAAUCUGACAGGUUGAUCUUGCCAUCUGAAGGUGUGCAAAACAAAGAAACAAAAUCAUUGAUGCAAGGAAUGAGCAUGAAGAUUAGAGAUAUACUAAGCAGGGCAAAGACUGCUUGUUCGCUGGGUCUGGGAGAGGAUUCAAUAAAUGCAUCUGCCGUUCUGGUGAUGCCUAUGAUGUCCUCAAAGAUAACAGGCUUCAGAGGUAGUGGGUUUGAUCGCUCAAAGUUUUUGCCCGUAAGAAAUUCUGGUUGGAAUGAAAUUGCAAUGGAUGGAGAUGAUGAUGAAAGACUGCUGGAAGCUGAGCCGAUACUGCCUCAGAGAAUUUGAUAGGGACUGCAAUGAAUAUAGUUGGUUAGGAUUUUAUUGUUUUGUAUCACAUUCGUUGAGCACCCUUGCUCAUCAAAGUCAGCAGCACAUACCACGCCGAUGUAUAUUCUUUGCUCACUUAGUUGAAAGGAAAACAAACACAAAUGUGUGGACACUGUAACCUUAGAGAAAAGAGGUGAAAAUAUUAGGCAAUAUUCAGUUGUUUGGUGUUCUUAACAAAGGAAAUUUUGAAUG